UUUCCAUCUACCCAAAUUUCCAUCUCCCAUAAUAUUAUCUCAAAUCAAAACUCAUAACAAUCAAACAAUCUUUUUCCCUUUUCGAUGGAAGUGGUUCUUGGUGCCUUUGUUACUGUGUUAUUUGAGAAGCUGGCAUCUGCUGACUUGAUGAGGCUUGCUCGAUCAGCAGGUAUAUAUUCUGAGCUCAACAAAUGGAACGACAAAUUGUUGCAGAUCCAAGCUGUCCUUGUUGAUGCAGGCCACAAGCACUUAAGACAGACAUCUGUUCAGUCGUGGCUUAACAAGCUCCAACAUUUGGCCUAUGACAUUGAUGAUGUACUCGAUGACUUGAGCACUGAAGCUGCACAACGCCAGAUGAAUGAAGCCAGUACCUGCACUAGUAAGGUAUUGAAAAUCAUUCCAACCAAAAUUCAUGCUUUUAAAUAUGGUCGUAAGAAUCGUUCCAAGCUAGAUGAUAUUACAUCCAAAUUGCAUGCUCUUGUUGAGGAGAAAAAUAUGUUGGGUUUGAUUGAUAAUGUUGGAAGGUCAAAUAGAUCAAGUAAACGACUAGAAGAAACUUCUCUGGUUGAUGUAUCUAAGAUUGUGGGUAGGGAUGGCGAUAAGGAGGCAUUGAUCGGGAAGCUGUUGGGCAAUGAACCAUGUAGUCAAAACUUCAGCGUCGUGUCAAUAGUUGGUAUGGGUGGGGUAGGCAAAACCACGCUUGCACAAGUUUUGUACAAUGAUCAAAAAGUAAAGGAUCACUUUGAACUUAUGUCAUGGUAUUGUAUCUCUGAUGAGUUCGAUGUAUUUAAAAUUUGCAAGGCUAUUUUCGAAGAUGUGGGUGGAAAUGACAAAAAAUUUGAGACUUUAAAUCAGCUGCAGGUAGCUCUCACAGAAAAACUCUCAAAGAAAAGGUUCCUAAUUGUACUAGACGAUGUUUGGAGUGAAAACUAUAAUGAGUGGGAACUCUUGCAACGUCCUUUUUCCGUAGCGGCACCUGGAAGUAAAGUUAUUGUAACAACACGUAAGACCACAGCUGCACCGGUGAGGGACUCCAUUCAAGCUUAUCCUUUGGAAGUUUUGCCAAGCGUAGAAGCUCUAUCUUUGUUUGCUCAACAUGCAUUGGGCAAACAAAACUUUGAUUCACAUCCGACACUUAAGUUGUAUGGAGAAGGUAUCGUGAAGAAAUGUGGCCGAUUACCUUUGGCUUUGAUAACACUUGGAAGGGUGUUAAGAACAAAAACACUUGAUGAAGAAUGGGAGGAGUUGUUGAAUAGUGAGAUAUGGAACUUACCGAAUGAAGGUAGUAAUAUUCUUCCGGCCCUAAGGCUCAGCUACUAUGAUCUCCCUCCACAUUUGAAGCAAAUGUUUGCUUAUUGCUGCUUAUUCCCCAAAGAUUACAUGUUUUACAUGGAUGAACUAGUCCUACUUUGGAUGGCAGAAGGGUUCUUGCACAAGUCAAAUGGCAACAUGUCAAUGGAGAAGUUUGGCCAUCAAUGUUUUAGAGAGCUGGAGUCAAGGUCGUUUUUCCAGCAUUCCACUAGUGAUAAAUCACUAUACACAAUGCAUGACCUCAUUAGCGACAUGGCAAUGAAUGUUGCUGGAGAGUUUUUUUAUAUGUUAGGUGAUAAGAUGGGCGUUGAUGAAGAAAGGGAAGUUUUGGAGAGGUCACACCACUUUUCAUUUGUUCGCCAAGAAUAUGGACUAUACAAAACGUUCAAGUCAUUACAUAGGGCUCAACGCUUAAGAACAUUCUUACCAGUGUCGGUAUGGACAGAUAGAUGGGGAACUUUCUACUUAUCAAGCAAGGUGCUUACAGAAAUACUUCCCCAACUACAGUAUCUAAGGGUGCUAAGCCUAUCUAAUUAUCAAAUGACAGUGGUACCACAGUCAAUUGGCAGUCUCAAACAUUUGCGAUACCUUAAUUUUUCUAACACUGACAUCACAUGUGUACCUGAAGAAGUGGGUAACUUGUACAAUCUACAGAGCUUGUUGCUUUCUGGUUGUGAGCAGUUAUCUAGUUUGCCAAACAGUCUUACAAAACUGAUAAACCUGCGACAUCUUUACAUCACUGAUACUCCAAGUUUGGAAGAUUUGCCCAUGGGGAUUGGUCGGUUAACUGGUCUACAAACUCUAUCCAAAGUUAUUAUAGGAGAUGCUAAUGGGUUCAAAAUAUCCUAUCUUAAGGACCUACCACAUCUUCAAGGGCGGCUUACCAUUGAAGGACUCCAAAAAGUGACAAAUUCAACCUACGCCAAAGAAGCCAACUUACAACAAAAGAAGGGUCUUCAUGAUUUGGAGAUGGAAUGGAGUGACGUCCUUGAUAAUUCUCGGAAUGAGUUGAUUGAGUCUGAAGUGAUUGAGGGACUAAGGCCUUUUGAGAAGUUGACCAACAUCAAGAUAAGUAACUACAUGGGAACAAAGUUUCCUAGUUGGCUUGGGGAUCCCACAUAUGAUUGCUUAACUCGGAUUACGUUACAUGGCUGUAGAAGUUGUACAAUGUUACCAACACUUGAACAUCUACCGUCACUUCAAAAGCUGUUUGUAGAAAGCAUGAAUGGGCUGAAGAGGGUGGGUUCAGAGUUACUUGGAACUGCAAAUGGUAAUGCAUUUCCUUCGCUUGAAGUUUUGGAAUUCAAGGAUAUGGAGGGUUGGGAAGAAUGGUCAACUAUUAAUGGUGGUGGCAAAGAUGGAACUGAUGCACCGUUUCCUUGUCUUAGUGAAAUUUCUUUCAUAAACUGUCCGAAACUGGGUGUAUUGACAAUUGAGCCAAUACAUUCACUUCGGGUUGUACAUGUAGAACGAUGUUCAGCAGUGGUGUUAAGAAGCAUGAUUGACGUCUCUUCAACAAUUACUAGAUUGACAGUGGAGGAAGUUAAUGGACUUCCUACUCUGCUAGAUGGAGAUUUUUUGGAGCAUCUUAAGGCUGUUGAAUAUCUAAAGAUUUCAGGUUGUGAUGAACUCACAUACUUGUGGGAAUCAGAAGAGGAGGCAUGCAAGAUUCUUGUUGAUUUACAGGAGUUGGAAGUAGAAAAGUGUAAGAACUUGGUGAGAUUGGGAGAGAAAAAGGAUAAUUUGGGGAUUAGCAUGGAAUCUCUUAAAAAAGUAAAUCUUAAUAAUUGUGAGAGAUUGAAGAGCUACCAUUGUGGUUCAGAUAGUAGUAUGGAGAGGCUGUGGAUAUGGGGGUGUGAUUCAGUGACAUCAUUGACUUUCCCAGCAGUGUACUUGCCAUCACCCACUUUUAACAGUCUUGGAAUUUGGGGAUGUAAGACUGUGGAGGUGAAUUGGCUUGGGAGCAACUUUUUGUCAUCACUUACAUCGCUUGUUUUACAUAAAAUUCCAAAUCUGAGGUGGUUACCAGAAGGAGGAUGCUUAGCUCAUCUUACAGAAUUGAGUAUUUAUGGAUGUGAAAACAUAGAAUCCAUUCCAAAGAAAGGUUAUGGUUUUCUUCCCCAUCUGUGCCUGAGAUCUCUUUCGAUCCUUUGGUGUGAGAAUAUGAAGUCAUUUCCACAUGAGCAGUUGCCAAGUCUCACAUCAUUGGAAGAGAUGUGGAUAGCGGGUUGUCCAAGCAUGGACGCCUCGUUUCCUGGUGGUUUGUGGCCUCCUAAUUUAAGAUACUUAAUGAUAGGAGGAUUAAAGAAGGCGAUGUCAAAGUGGGGCCGGAUGCAGAAAUUCCCAAACUCACUUGUUCAAUUAUGGUUACAUGGUGAAAAUUCAGGAGUGGUUUCAUUUGCAAAUGAACAAGAUAGCAAUACUACUACUUCUACAUCAUCAUCAUGUUCUUUCUUACUUCCAUCAUUUCUAACUAAACUAGUCCUCAAUAAUUUUGAGGAACUGGAAACAGUUUCAAAAGGAAUGCAACACCUCACCUCCCUUGAACUUCUUUCUAUCUCCAAUUGCCGGAAGCUAAGAGAUCUGCCAGAGACACUCCUCCCUUCUCUUUCAAGUUUGUGGGUGUGUGACGUUUCCCAGGAACUGAGAAAAAAGUGUAGUAAAAAAAGAAAAGGAAAGUAUUGGCCCAUCAUCUCCCAAAUCCCUCGUCAUUCUAUCGGCCGAUAAAAAAAAUAAUACGGAGUCAUAAUAAUGAACGAAUGAAGAGCGGAGUUGGAAUGGAUGAUGGUUGGUGAUCGGUUAUUGAUUUUUGAGUGGAGGUGGGUGGUGGCCAAUCAAGGUUUUAUUUUCAUUUGGAAAAUUCAAUUCAAAAUACCUAAUAAUAACACUCCAUUAUUAUUAGUUGCUCUUUUUUUUAUUUAUACUAGAGUGAAGGCCUGUGCGUUGCACGGCUGGGCUUCACGGGUUGUUUUGUACGUUUGUAAGAUUGUCUUAUUUUGAGGUUUUUUAUUGUUUAGUUCGAGUUUAAUGUCUGUGUGAUCACCAUUAGUAUAUGACGGUUUAGAAUGUGAAAGGUUAGCAUUUACUCUA